AUGUCGUUCUGUUCUGCUCUUCACCCAACGGUGACAUCAUCUGGUCUCCUCCGAUCAGUGACCACCAAGCUGCCUCGACGAGCGGCAUGCCCUCUUAGCCUCCGGUCAUUCUCAUCAUACGGCUCAUCUAAUCAUUCCUCGAAGCGUAAAUUACAGACUGCAACCGCCUAUCAACCUUACCCUCUUCUAGAGUCUCUCCCGCCCCCCGCUCGUAAGUCAGACAGCGUAUCCGAAGCCUCAAUCGCUGUCGAUAAAAAUUCCAUGCUCGGCAAAUGGCAAUCGGGAUCAUCGAAUCGCGCACAUCCACAACCACAGCAACCUGAGAGCGUUGAAUCCAUCAACAAGUCAAACGCUACCAGUUCCCCCGAAGCUGAGGCUCAGAUGUCUAAGCUGAUAGCUCCCCCCUCUCCCUCCCCUUCCCCCUCCGCAAACCCCUCCGCAACCGCCUCCGCAACCGCAACUGCCACCCCCCCAACAUCCGCACAAUCCCUAACACCCAAGAAAAUGCGACGGGUCAGCAAACUGAAGGCCCGGAAGACGGCAAUGCACAUCACUCCCGAAGCUAUUUUACAUCUUCGCCAACUAACUGACCAGCCCGAUCCUAAGCUGGUUCGCGUUGGCGUGAAGAAUAGGGGAUGCUCGGGGUUAUCUUACCAUCUAGAAUACGUGGAUAAACCUGCGCCAUUUGAUGAGGUGGUGGAGCAAGACGGAGUCAAGAUCUUGAUUGACAGCAAGGCCUUGUUCAGCAUAAUUGGCACUGAAAUGGACUGGCAAGAGGACAGCCUAGCCAGCCGGUUUGUAUUCAAGAAUCCAAAUAUAAAGGACCAAUGCGGCUGCGGCGAAUCGUUCAUGGUGUAA